AUGAACUACAGCCAUGACACGGAGAUGGAUCGGGAUUGGGCCGCUGACCAGCUGCGUCGAAAGAAGAAUGCGCUGAGCGGUCUCCCAGAUUCCCCCAUCCGCCGCACCGCGGCUGCUCUGCCACAGGUCGCAGUUGCGGCGGUGCAGGGCCUGCAGGGUGCAGCGGCGACACCACCCGGGGCAGCCACACUAGGCAACGCUCUCUCCGCCCUUGCAAUCAAUGCGGGGAGCGCAGAGCACGUGCAGAGAAUCUGCCAUGGGCUUUUGGCUUUGCUCUACGACAAGGAGUGCCUCCCUGUCCACCAGGAGUUUGCGCAACUGAAGGCCCCGCGCUUGCUGGAGGCUUCCCUUCGAUGCCUUCACGGGCUGACAUUCGACACCGAGGCCAGGCUGUGGAGGGGACCCCGACUCGAUGGUAAGACGCGUGCAAUCGUGUGCUUGGCCUGGAAGGCGAAGACAGCCGUGGUUUCCAGCAACGACGAGCAGAAUACUCUGGAUGAGGCGUGGGACGAUACCGCCGUCAUCUGCAAGCGAGUGCUACAGAGACUGAACGAUGGUCGGAAGACUGUGAACCGAAGGCCCUCCCACUCCUCGCACGCUGUUGAGGGAGCGUGA